AUGGCCCUGACCUUCAUCGUGGGUUUUGCGGCCGCGGCCAUCGUGCUGCAGAUCAUCCGCAUGGUGAUCAACUCAUGGCAGCACUCUCGCAACGCUAAAAAGCUGGGCUGUGGCAGUCUGCCCUGGUACCCUUGCAAAGAUCCAAUUGGAAUCGACACCCUGAAGCAGUCUCUGGCAGCGGCCAAAGAAAAUACUGUUCCAGCGUUGGCUGAGAAGCGCUUCAAGGUCAUGGCCGAGCAGGAGAAUCGUUACGUCACUACCUUCAUGAUUCGCAACCUCGGUCGCGAUGGCAUUUUUACUAUCGACCCAAAAAAUAUCCAAGCUGUUCUAGCAACACAAUUCAAGGAGUUUGAACUCGGUGAUUCUCGCCGAAGAUCGUUGCACCCCUUACUUGGAACUGGUAUUUUCACUGCGGACGGUGAGGAUUGGUCUAGGUCCAGAGGUCUACUACGCCCUCAAUUUACCAGAGAGCAAAUCAGUCAGCUAGAUUUGGAGGAAGAACAUGUGCAAAAGGCCAUGCAAGCGCUGCCCGUCGCAGCCAACGGCUGGACCGCCUCGACCGAUAUCCAAACUAUAUUUUUCCGCCUAACUAUCGAUUCUGCCACAGAGUUCCUGUUCGGCGAAAGCGUUGAGAGCCAGCUUGGUGGUCUGAACGGUUUAAACAGACCCGAGGAUUCCUUCGCUGGCCACUUUGACUUCUCGCAAUUUAUCUGCGCGCAGCGUGGCCGAUUCGAGAAAUUGAGCUUCCUUGCUGAGACCAAAGAAAGCAAGAACUCAGACAAACAAGUCCAAGCCUUCGUUGACAAGGUCGUCGCAACUGCUUUGAAAGCCGCCGACCAAGAAAAGAAGAACCCCGAAACUGGAAAAUCCCCUUAUGUGUUCCUGGACGCCCUUCUGGAGGUUACACGAGACCCGAUCGAGCUGCGCUCGCAGCUUUUGAACAUCCUCUUGGCCGGCCGCGAUACUACUGCCUCCCUCCUUAGCUGGACCACCCUCCUUCUUGCCCGUAACCCUGAAGUUUUUAAUAAGCUCCGCGAAACCAUUAUCUCCACUUUUGGCACUUACUCGAACCCGCAAAAUGUCACCUUUGCUGCUCUUAAGUCCUGUCAAUAUCUGCAGUAUGUUAUGAAUGAGGUCCUCCGUCUCUACCCCGUUGUGCCAUUCAACCGCCGCAAUGCUACUCGCGAUACCACUAUCCCUCGAGGCGGUGGUCCCGACGGCCAAGACCCCGUCUACGUUCGCAAGGGCCAGUCUGUCAUUUACACCACCCAUGUUAUGCAGCGACGCAAGGACCUCUGGGGCCCUGAUGCCGAUGAAUUCAAGCCUGACCGCUGGGCCAACCGCAAGGCUGGCUGGGAAUACAUCCCCUUCAACGGUGGCCCGCGCAUUUGCAUCGGUCAACAAUUCGCUCUCACCGAAGCCGGUUACGUCAUUGUUCGACUCCUGCAGCGCUUUGAUCAGAUCCAUGAUGUGAAUCCCGAUCGCGAGAUUCGACACGGCUUGACCUUGACCAGUUCUCCUGCUGAUCGACUUACUGUCCGCAUGCAUGAGGCAGCUGAGUAA